UUCCAGUGGGGCCGGUGAUUGAGAAUGCCGCGUAUAAUGUGACGGGCAACUUGGCAGAAGAAGCCAUAGAAGGAAAGAAGCAGAGGCAGGAGCAGCUCAUAUCCAGCUAUCGCUCCAACCUCCGAUUGAUCAAAAUCGAUCGCCGUGACGUUCUUUCUCUAAUUCCCUCUCUAUCUUUCUUUUCUUUCUUUAUCUUGCAAUCCGAGCAUUCCUUUUGCUGAUACUCGCAGCGUCUCCGACAUUCAAAGCUGAUACUCGCCGCCUUUGCUCACAAGUAAGAGACGGGUUUUUACUUCCGAGGUGGUGAGGAUGUCAACUCCUGCGCGCAAGAGAUUGAUGAGGGAUUUUAAGAGAUUGCAGCAGGACCCCCCUGCUGGCAUCAGUGGUGCUCCCCAAGACAACAAUAUAAUGCUUUGGAAUGCAGUUAUAUUUGGCCCUGAUGACACCCCGUGGGAUGGAGGUACAUUCAAAUUGACUCUUCAAUUUACUGAGGAUUAUCCAAAUAAGCCACCAACAGUGCGGUUUGUUUCUCGGAUGUUCCAUCCAAAUAUUUAUGCAGAUGGAAGCAUUUGUCUAGAUAUCCUACAAAAUCAGUGGAGCCCUAUUUAUGAUGUAGCUGCGAUACUUACUUCUAUCCAGUCUUUGCUCUGUGAUCCAAACCCGAAUUCCCCGGCCAAUUCAGAAGCAGCACGAAUGUUCAGUGAGAACAAGCGCGAGUACAACAGGAGAGUAAGAGAGAUUGUUGAGCAGAGCUGGACAGCUGACUGACUGCCCCGAUAGAGUGAUAUUGGAAUUCCUCAAAGGAUGGUUUAAUGGCCUGUUAUAGUAAUAUAAAAUCUUAAAACGAUACGUUGCAGACUCCUGAACUUUGGAUUAUAUCUUAUGCUUGCUUACAUUUUCAUUGGUGAUAUAUCUUAUCAGGCUUUUUUUCA